AUGUAAUUUAUAGAAUUCUUAAUUUCAUAACUAUUCCCUAAACCUCCUUUCAAAAAUUCUAUUCGUCCUAAUCGAAUUAAAAAAGGUAAUUCAAUCAAUCUAAUAUAUUAGAAUAAGAAAUUUGUCAAUCUUUAUAAUUGAAUUGGAUCUCAAAUUCUAAUGUAGAUAUUAUUGAAUUUGAUUCACAAGGAUGCAGAACUUAAAUUAAAUUAAAUGAGUUAUAUCCUUUCUCACAACCUUAAUUAAGAUUUUAAUUGGAUGAUGAUUUCUACUCAAUAAAAAAUCUUAAUGAUUACAAUUAGUAUGAUUACUAUUUCAAAGUUCUUAAAUGGACUCCUCAAUUAACUGUGAAUUAGAUUAUUGAGAAGUAUUAUCAAUUAAUAUAAUUUAGAUCACAUGAAUUCAUUAAAAAGAAUAUUUUCAUCAAAUAACCAUACACUUUAGAUCCUUAUUCAGAUUUACUUAGUAAAAUUGCUAAAUCUUCAAAAUCAUUAGAUUUAUCAAUUAUAUUCACAUUUUUACUUAUAUCCCUUUCUAAUUUGAUACUCUAUUUACCAAAUUAUGAAGAAUAAUAAUAAUUAAUGGAAAGAACAGUCUUAUUUGGAUAGAAUACAUGGUAUAAUCAAUUUUAAUAAUUACCACUAUCACCACUAAAAGCUUAAUUUUAUUGUCUAAUUGGAUUGAUUGUUAAUGUCUUUGAUUCAUCUAAGUUACAUGUAUUCAAAUAACAGUAAGAAUAAAUCAAUUAACCCUUCUUUCAUUACUUAAAUUUAAUUAUAAACUUACUCAUCUUUUACUGUCCCUUGUACUUUCUAUUAAAAUCCAAAUAGUUUAAAAUCAAUAAAGAAAUUUUAUAAGGAAUAUUACUUUAUUAAAUAAUAUGUCCAACAUUUUUAGGAAUAUGGAAUAUUAUUGAAAGUAAAUAAAUUCUCAUUUAUUUAUAGUAUUAAUGGCUUUAUGUAUUUUUAUUAUUGCAGAGAAUGUUUGGUUUGGCUCAAUUUUAUAUGUAAUAGCAGUUAAUUAUGAACCAUAAUGUCUCCUAUUCUAUCCUAUAAUAUCAACAUACUGUUUAGGUAGAUUAUGUUAAUAACAUGGAAUCAUUACUAAAAAGAAUAUCAAAGUAAUAUUAUCUUAAUACAUAUAGCCUAAUUUUUAAGGUCUCUAAGAAUUAGUAAUUGAAUUGAUAUUCUUAAUUUUAGUACUGAUAAUUGUUUAAUGUUUCAUUUUAAUUCCAUUUUAUUUUAGCUCUACAUUGUCUUAAGCUAUAUAUCCAUCUACAUUUAUUAAUUAUUUCAAUUCAUUGUUUAAUCAUGAAUUCUACAAUUUUAUAAUAUUUGGAUUUGCAUUUAUAUUUUCAUUUCCUGCUUUAAUGUUAAGUUUUUUAAAUGAUAAAUAUUGUGCAUUAGGUGUGUUUAAUGUCAUAAUAAUUAUUAAAUUGUUUGAUAUUGCAAAUGGUAUUACAACUUAAAUGUUAUCAGUAUUUUUAAUGUUGAAUUUUAAAUAUUUUAGAUAGAUUAUAAAUUACAUAAUAAUGUUAAUGCCUCAAUAAAAUUGGAUAUUCAAAUUAUUGUAUUAUAUUUUUGGAGAUUUAUUUAUGUAAAGAAACAAUUAAUUGAUUGAUACUCAUAAACAUGGAUAAUAUUAAUUUUAAUCCUUAAGGAAAUUAGGAUUCUAUGUAAUUUAUUUAUAUAUAUAGCAUAGAUAUUAUUAUUAUCUUAAAUUAUGUAUAUAUAUGAUUUAGAGAUGAUAAUGUAUAAAAUAUGUUUGGUUAUAUUACUAAUAAAUUGUUUGUUCAUAAUUUAAUAGAAGAUUGUUAAGGUUAUGAAAAAAGCUAAAACUGAUUGA